UGGGAGAGGCCCCAGCUUACACCCACCCAAAGCCAGGCCCCAAGGUUAGACACAUGCUCUCCAGCCCCUCCCCCAGAGAUGACUGGGAAAGGCGACCAGCUCAGGGAGCCCAGACACCAGUCCCCCAGGGCUCAGCUUCCGCCUUCUGCCCUUACCCACUGCCUGUCAAAGUGUCUGGGGAAUGAGUGUGUCCCAGGAAGGUCCAAGUGCCUGAGAUGUUCCUGCCGCUGUUCUUGGCCAUGCUGUGGGGCGGGUCGCAGGCUCUGGACUCAUUCAAGCUACAGGUGCAGGAGUUCGUGAUGGUGCAAGAAGGCCUGUGCGUGGUCGUGCCAUGCUCCAUCUUCUACCCCUCCAGAGGAUGGAGUCCCACCACCCCAGCUUACGGCUUCUGGUUCAGAGACCAGACCCCCAAGCCCAGUCUGCCAGUGGCCACCAACAAGCCAGAUCAGGACGUGGACACAAACACCCAGGGCCGAUUCCAGCUCCUUGGCGAUCCCAGUGAGAGCUGCUCCUUGCUCAUCAAAGAGGCACACCUGGAGGAUAGCGCACUGUACUUCUUCCGGUUCGAGAGAGGCGAUUAUGUGAAAUAUAAUUUCAUGGAAUACAAGUUCUAUCUGGAGGUGACAGCCCUGACACAGAAGCCGGAGAUCUACGUCCCUGAGAUCCUGCAGCCCUGGCACCAGGUGACGCUCUUCUGUGCGUUUAACUGGAUCUUUGACGAAUGUCCCGUCCCUACUCUCUCCUGGAUCGGGAACACCGUCUCCCCCCACGACGCCAGCUCGAGAACUUCCUACUUCUCAGAGCUCACCUUCACACCCAGACCCCAGGACCACAACACUGAGCUCACCUGCAGAGUGGACUUCUCCGGAGAGGGUGUGAGCACGGAGAACACCGUCCGGCUUAGCGUGGCGUAUGCCCCCAAAGACCUGGUUAUCAGCAUCUCCUACACCGAUGAGCCAGCUCUGGAGCCCAGGGGAGAGAGCCCACACCUGGAAGUCCAGAAAGGCCAGUCCCUGCGGCUGCUCUGUACCGCGGACAGUUUGCCGCUGGCCACACUGAGCUGGACCCUGCAGGACAGAGUCCUCUCUUGGUCCCACCCCUUGGGCUCCACAGCUCUGGAGCUGGCGCUGCCCGGGGUGAAGGCCGAGGACGCGGGUCGCUAUACCUGCCGGGCUGAGAACAGGCUUGGCUUCCUGAGCCGCAGCCUGGACCUCUCAGUGCAGUAUGCCCCAGAGAACCUGAAAGUGAUGGUCUCGCAAGCAAACCGCACAGCCCUGGAAAACCUGGAGAGUGGAGCAUCUCUUCGGGUCCUGGAGGGCCAAAGCCUGCGUCUCCUCUGUGUCGCUCACAGCAACCCCCCUGCCCAGCUGAGCUGGGCCCGACUGGGACGGACUGUGAGCCCUUCCCAGCCCUCAGAUCCCGGGGUCCUGGAGCUGCCUCAGAUACAAACAGAGCAGGAAGGGGAGUUCAUCUGCCGGGCUCAGAACCCGCUGGGCUCCCAGAAUAUCUCCCUGAGCCUCUCCGUGGUCUCCCCCCCGCAGCUGCUGGGCCCCUCCUGCUCCCAGGAGGACGAGGGUCUGCGCUGCAGCUGCUCCUCCAGAGCCCGGCCGGCCCCCUCCCUGCGCUGGCGGCUUGGGGAGGGGCUGCUGGAGGGGGAGCUCAGCAACGCCUCCUUUGAGGUCGCCUCCAGCUCCGCCGGACCCUGGGCCAACAGUUCGCUGAGCCUCCGCGAGGGGCUCAGCUCCGGCCUCAGACUCAGCUGCGAGGCCCUGAACGGCCACGGGGUCCGGAGCGGGUCUGUCCUGCUGCUGCCAGACGAGAAGGGACUCGCCUCCGGGGCCUUCGCCAGCGGAAUCUCUCUAGGGAUUGGCGUCACCACCCUCCUCUUCCUCUGCUUCAUCCUGAUCUUAGUGAGGACUCUGAGGAAGAAAUGGACCCAGGCAAAGGUCCCGGCCCCCGGAGAGGCUCCGCGGUCCAGGUUCUCACGCAGGAGCACGAUCCUGGAUUACAUCAACGUGAUCCCUAAGGCCGGCCCCCUGAAACAGAAAGCCAAACCAAGCAGUCCUUCCCAGCCUCCUCCUGCAGAUGGUCACUCCCUGGAAGCCAGAAAGAAUCAGAAGGAGCUCCAUGUCGUCUCCCACAACUGUCCAGGACCCAAGUCAUCUCUACAAGCCUCAGAAGCAGAGAACAACCAAGAGGAGCUCCAUUACGCUGUCCUCAACUUCCCAGGCCUUAGACCAUGGGAGACCCAAAGACCCGAGGGCACGCACCCAGAGUACGCUGAAAUCCAGUUCCACUGAGGGUCUGCUGGGCCAGAGGACUCGGAUGCAGGCCAGGCAGAGCAAUUAGGAUGAGAACAGAGUGUGGUCUCUCUCUCUCUCUUUUUAAUCCUCCAAGGAUGGGUCAUCCCGUCCCAGACCCUGGACCAGCUUGAUGAAUGUCUUCAGAGGUGUUCAGUUGCUCAGUCGUGUCCGACUCUUUGCGACCCCAUGAACUGUAGCCCUCCAGGCUUCCUUGUCCUUCACCAUCUCCUGGAGUUUUCUCGGACUCAUGUCCAUUGAGUCGGUGAUGCCAUCCAAUCAUCUCAUCCUCUGUUGCCCCCUUCUCCUCCUGCCCUCACUUCUCCAAAUACACUCUUUUGAGCAAGGAAAAGCUUUUUCUUGGAGAAACUCAGGCCCCGCCCCAGCUGAUUACUCAUAGUCUCAGUUUCUCAACUGUUGGGGGAGCCUUUAGAGAGGAUGAAGCAUGCCUGUUUGUGAGGUCGCCCAGACAACCUCACGGGUCAAGCUGUCGGCUUUGAUGGCACCUGUGAGCCGAGAGUGUUUUUUACAUUUUAAAUGGUUCGGGGGAAAAAAAAAAUCAAAAGAAGGAUGUUUUAUGAUGCAUGGAAAUGACUUGAGAUUCAAAUUUCAGUGUCCCUAAUUAAAGCUUUAUUGAAGCGCA